AUGGAGCCUUUUCAAAAGAAGAGACUCAUUGAUAGACAUAGAAGAAGGUUGAGUAUGGAGACUGCUUGUGCAAAUAUUAAUGGGCAAAUAUGGUUUUUCUUUGAUGCAGUGGUGGAAUGGGAAUUAGUGGAGGAUACUGAGCAACAGGUGACUAUAAGAGUGUUUCACCAUGACCUGGGUCAGCACAUGUUGAUGACAUUUAUUUAUGCAAAAUGUUCAGCAGUGGAGAGGUUGGGAUUGUGGGAUCACUUGUAUUACUUAGAAAGUGAUAUGAAAUUUCCAUGGCUAGUAGGAGGGGAUUUCAAUGUGAUAUUUCAUGAAGAUGAGAAAAUAGGAGGACUACCAGUACACCCUCCUGAAUAUAAGGAUUUUGCAUUUUUUGUAAACUCUUGUGAUUUGUUUGAACAAGGAUACAAAGGAAGUCCAUUUGCAUGGUGGAAUGGAAAAUCUAAUGCUAUGUGUAUAUUCAAAAUAUUGGAUAGGAUCUUUGUGAAUUUGACAUUUCAAAACAUGUUGCCAACUAUUGAAGUUGAACAUAUAAUCAGAACUGGAUCAGAUCAUGCACUAUUGUUAAUGACAUGUGGGGAGAAGACCACCAAUUUUAAGCUCGAGAAGGUGAAGGCACCACUAUCAAGAUGGAGUAUCGAAACAGUUGGUGAUAUCUUCAACCAGUUGGCUAUUUUGGAGGACAUUGUUAGGGUGAAAGAGAUGUUGUUUGAAGAACAGCCCACAAUUGAGAACACGGUUGUGCUUCAAAAGGCUCAAUUUGAAUUGAAAAAAAAACUUGAGUAUUGA